AUGUCGCGGAGUCCGUGUUCGGAGAGCCUGUUUGGCUUGUCGGGUCUCCUCUCACCGCAUCCCAAAGUGUAUAUACCUGAUGGAAUUCUCACCCCCCGAUCGCCCGACAAAUACAAUCAGCACUUUGACCGAUAUAUCAACCCGAGGCGAUUCCUCACACCAGCUGAUCUCGACAGCCUUCGAGAAUUGUUCCCAGAGGCGGUCGGUGUCCACGUGCUUAUCGCAGGUUUCCUGAUUAUUCUUUUUGAAGACAAACGACACGUACAUGAUGCGUACAGUGAGGUGUGGCCUCUCGAGCUUGCCGGUCUUCGUGUCUUUUUCCAUCUCACCCACUACAGCUUCACUACAGCACCUUUCGAGUCCGGAAAUGUCCUAAAAGAAACUUCGGAACGAGGAAUCAAUGAUUCCGCCGGAUGCCUCGGACUAAAGCUCAAGUUGCAGAAUGGUUCUACAGCAGUCACAUCUGUGACUCAUAGUUUCGUCCGUAACCCGGUGCCCUGGAGACUUGGAAAUCGGCUGAGAGUUCUUCAAACGUUAGUCGAUAAAGCGAAACGGACAUUGCAACGGUGUCUACCUUUCAAAGCAGGAGAAGAUGAUUGUGCCUUAGCCAUGGCCAAGGAAAUCCCGACCGACAAUAACCCGGUUGGUAAGCAAGUAUCGCUUGCAUCGUCUAACAGAAUGAUCGGAACUAUAACCCACACGUACGAUGCCCCAAGCAACGACAAACGAUACCCUGCCGGUUACAAUCACGACCUGUGUUUGAUUUCAGGUCCUUCGCUUCCUGAUGUGGUCAGUCCUCCUGGCUAUCCGUCGGUAACGGGGUGGGCGAGCUAUUCGGCGGCCUUAGAUGGACAAGAUGUUUAUGUCGCUGCUCAAAACACGAACAGUGGGGGUCUGCGGAAGUUUCAUGGUGUCAUCGACUCGCGCCUGUUCCCCAGGGUAUCCGUGGUUGGGACAGGUUACUCCUGGGACAAAACCCGAAAGUUAUGCAACGCGUUUUUGCUGUGGCAUACAGAUGGUCAGCUCGACCCAGCGGAUGGAACUUCGGGGGCGCCCCUCUGUUUAGGCCGCCCAUCGGAUACGACCGCCCUGGCAGUAGUGUUUCAGAACUUCCAGCAGUCCUGUCUCCUUGCCGAUGUGACUGGGAACACGAAUACCAGAUGCCACACUCUAGUCAAAGCAGGGUUCAUUCUCCCUCCGGAGAUCAGGGAUUCGACAAUUCUCAGCGGCCAAGUACCAAACAGUACCAUCCCAUUCAAUACCCUACCGGCCGGGAACCGAGGAUCAAUAGAACACGAGUAUAAGCGACGUGUUCUUUCGUCGAUCGAGUGA